UCGUCGCAAUGCUGCCGUGCGCCGCGGGAGCCAGGCGCCGUGGGGCCAUGGUGGCCUUGCGGGCGGGAAAGAAGCGCCUUCUCCUUCCUCUCUGCCGCGCCUUCGCCCGCCGCGGUUGUCAGCUCGCUCCCGAGCACGGCGCCGAGCGCAGGGAUGCGGCUCCCAGCGGGGUCUCCAGAUUCUGCCCUCCAAGAAAGUCUUGCUGUGAUUGGAUAGGACCCCCAGAUAAAUAUUCAAACCUUCGACCUGUUCACUUUCACAUACCCGAAAAUGAGUCACCACUGGAGCAAAAGCUUAGAAAAUUAAGACAAGAAACACAAGAAUGGAAUCAAGAGUUCUGGGCAAACCAGAAUUUGACUUUUAGUAAGGAAAAAGAAGCAUUUAUUCACUCAAGACUAAAAACUAAAGGCCUGGCCCUGAGGACUGAAUCUGGUCAGAAAACAACACUGAAUGCCGAAGAAAUGGCGGACUUUUACAAGGAAUUUUUAAGUAAAAAUUUUCAGAAGCACAUGUAUUAUAAUAGAGACUGGUACAAGCGCAACUUUGCCAUCACGUUCUGCAUGGGAAAAGUGGCUCUGGAAAGGAUGUGGAACAAGCUCAAACGGAAACACACGAAGAUGAGCAGCUAGGAGUCCCCGUGACCCAGCCGGAGUCCAGCUUUCCAUGGGAAGCAGAUGGUUAGAGGAGCUCCUUUCACAGGGGCUGAGAAAAACUGAAGUGGUCCCAAGAAGCCCACAUCUUCCUAAGGGGGCGGUGGCCUGUCUGGGGACAGGGCGGGUUCCACUGAUGUGGGCUCUAGGCCAGCUUGUUGUCAUGGACAUGGCGUUAAGGCCCAAGCACUUGGUGCCCGUUUUCUAUGUUUCGAAUUAAACCAAUUCAAAACAGAGCUAUUUCAAAAUAUCGGCCAGGCGCGUUGGCUGCGCCUUUAAUCCCAGCACUUUGGGAGGCCUAGGCGGGUGGAUCACUUGAGGUCAGGAGUUCGAGAGCAGGCUGGACAACAUGGCAAAAACCCAUCUCUACAAAAAAUUAGCCGGGUGUGGUGGCAUGCACCUGGAAUCCCAGCUACUCAAGGCUGAGGCACGAGAAUCUCCUGAACCCAGGAGGUGGAGGUUGCAGCGACCGAGAUCUUGCCACUGUACUGCAGCCUAGGAGACCAAGCGAGACUUCGUAUCAAUCAAUAAAUAAAAUAAAGAUAUGAAUAAACCUCUACAGAAUCAAAAAGCUUGCUGAUGGGAAUGAUUUGGAAGCUGGCUGCCAAGUGUCUAUGCUGGCCGCGGGGUCAGACCACCCUCGCUGUGAGUCAUCAGCUGGUGGGUCCUCACCGGCUGCACUCUGAAUACGGUCUGGUGUGAGGACAUGAAAGCAAGUGCCAUUUUAUUUUAUUCUUUUUUUCGAGACGGAGUUUCGCUCUUGUUACCCAGGCUGGAGUGCAAUGGUGCGAUCUCGGCUCACCGCAACCUCCGCCUCCUGGGUUCAGGCAGUUCUCCUGCCUCAGCCUCCUGAGUAGCUGGGAUUACAGGCACGCGCCACCAUGCCCAGCUAAUUUUUUUGUGUAUUUUUAGUAGAGACGGGGUUUCACCAUGUUGACCAGGAUGGUCUCGAUCUCUGGACCUUGUGAUCCACCCGCCUUGGCCUCCCAAAGUGGGAGGCUUGAGCCACCGCGCCCGGCUGCAAGUCCUGUUUUAUUACAUGCCAAAACGUUUAACUUGAUUCUUGGUGUUAACUGUGUCAGUAGAUUCUUCAAUGCUGUAGGCAGAUUAGCAAGAAGCAGCAGCACUUGUUUUCCUCUUUCCUUAAACAUGAAGAUUAAAUGGCCAGGCAUGGUGGCUCACAACUCCUCACCUCAUGUAAUCCCACCAGUUUGGGAGGCCGAGGCAAGCAAAUCAGUUGAGCUUGGGAGUUCGAAACCAGUCUGGGCAACAUGGUGAAACCCUGCCUCUACAAAAAAUGCAAAAAUGAGCUGUGUCUAGUAGCACAUGCCUGUAGUCCCAGCUACUCCAGAGGCUGAGCUUCAAGGAUGGAUUGAGCCAGGGAGGUCCAGACUGUGGUGAGCCAAGAUCCCACCACUUGGUGACAGAGCCAGAUCCUGUCUCAAAAAAAGGCCAAGCAAGGUGCCUCAUGCCUGUAAUCUCAGCAAUUUUGGGUGACCGAGGUAGGUGGAUCACCUGAGGUCAGUUCGAGAGUAGCCUGGCCAACAUGGUGAAACCUCGUCUCUACAGUAAUGAUGGAGGGCGCCUGUAAUCCCAGCUACUUGGGAGGCUGAAGUGGGAGAAUUGCUUGAACCCAGGUGUUGGAGGUUACAGUGAGCUGAGAUUGCACCACUGCACUCCAGCCUGGGUGACAGAGCAAGACUCCAUCUCAAAAAAAAAAAGAUUAUUCUAACACAAAAGUUGGCUGUUUUUUUUUAAAUUAGGUUAAUAUAAUUUUAAUAGCCAUAUUCAAGUAAAGUAUUUCUGUGGGCUUUUAAAUAUUUACAAAAUAAAGCUUAUUUCGGUGA